UUCAGUCAUUUUGCGGCAUUUUAAACGUUAACAACACGGAAUAGCGUCGUCCUGUUGAAAAAUAAUUAAAACUAAAACAAAAAUAUAUAAAUAAACGUAUUUAGUGAAAUAAACCAACAAAAUAAAUAGAAUUCAAUGCGAUUUAUAAAAAAGAAUUAUGUUUAAUGAGUGCGUGGUUUUGCAGGAGUGCUUUAAAAAUGUACGUGCAAUUUAAUGCUUUUUUUCAUAAAUUUUAAAUCAAAAUCUAAAUAAAAAUAUUAUAAUAAAAAUUUACAAUGUAAUUCAAUUAAAUUCGUAUGUAAAGCACAAUAAAAUAAAAUGAUCCAAAAUAAAGUAUAGCAGCCAAUUUAAAUAAAAGUGAAAAAAUGCUUAAAAAACAACAAUAAAAAUCAAAAAUAAAUUUCAUAUCAAGCAACAGCAACAAGGUAAAAAUAUACAACAACUACAACUGUAACGAAAUUGAAAACUCGUCUGCAACCAAACAAUCUGCCAACACCCUUUUAAUACAACAACACGACCCUUAACAACCACUACAUACCGAACAACCACAACAACAAUCAAACAAAAAUUCCAAUAUUAUAAAACUACAACAUACACAAAUUUUAAAUUUGCUAACAAAUUGCUGAAUAUCACUGAUUGAUAUAAUCACCAAUAAUGUCUGAAACUGCCUAUUUUUGAUUAUGAGCCUAAAUGUGUGGUUUAAAGGUUGUAUGGAGAAAAAGAAUCAACAACAACAGGAGUAACAUGACUUUUAUGAUUUCCUAAAACCAUAAAACCAUGCGUGCCGCUACAAUAGUUAAAGUAGCAGCAGCAUCCUUGUCGUCGUUAAAUCAUCUUAAAAUUUCAAGUGGUUUUUAUACUGCAGCAACAGCAAAAACAACAACCGCAGGAAGUAGACAUAUACACAGCACAUUAAAAACAACAACAAGGACACAUCAUCAACAAACAUAACAGUUGUUGUUGUAGUGAUAGUAGAAGACGUAUGUAUGUAGUAGAAGCAAUAACAACCGUAAACGAUAAAAUUAACUACACAUACUCACACACAUACACCCGAGACGACAACAACCACAAAUAGAAAGAAAACAAAAAGGAAAGGAACCGAGAACAAAAAACAAAAAGAAAAGGAAAAGGGCAAAGUCAUUAUCAUCGUCAUCAACAUCAACAUCAAGAACAUCCUCGACAUCCUCAUCAUCGUAAUUGCCUCCACCACUACUACUUUAGAAUUUAGUUAGAAGAAACAAACAUUUUUUAGUCUUUAAAAAAAAGAAAACAAAAACAGAGGAGAGUGCAAAAUUUAGGAAGCUAAAUCACAGCUACAACAAUAGGAACUACAUUAGCUGUAUUGGGCCAGAAAAUUGUUCGUUCGUAUACAACAAGCAGAACAGCACAACAACGACGACAACCAGACUAGAACAAUAUGCCGCUACCGUUGCUGCCUUUUAACUUGUGGUCUUUAACCAUUACAGGACUUGUAUGUGCUAUAUUGAUGACAACAAUAACAAAUGUUUUUGCCAUCGACUGUUUCAAAUGUGUUUCAUAUAAUGGCACCAACAAGGCUUGUGAUGAUCCUUUUCACAAUAAUUACUCAACCGGUAUAUUGGAAUCACCGUGCAUGGGUGGACGUAAAGGUAGAAAUGGAUUGUUUCCAGCUACAGCAUGCAUUAAAAUUGCUGGUUACUAUGAUGACAAUGGUGAAACUAUAACAGUGAGAGGUUGUGCUCUAGAUAGUGGCACUUUAACUACAGACACGGAAAUCGUACGUAUGUCACACUGUGGCAAAUUCUAUUACGAUGACAGAUACGUACAUGGCUGUCUGCAGAGUUGUAGCGAUGCCGAUGCCUGUAAUACCGCCUCCCAAACUCUACACAUAUCAUCAACGACAUCCCUUAGAUUAAAAUAUUUGCUGACAUCCUUAGUUGUAAUAUUUAUGAAUAAUUAUCAAUUGGAUACCACCAGGUAGCAUUACCGUAUACUCUAAUUAGUAUUAUAGUCCAAAAAUAUCUAACUAUUAUAAUCUAGAGAAACCAAAAAAAUAAAAAACAAGCAACAAAAACUUAACUAUUAUAAAUCAUGAUAAGAAUUUAUUUAUUAUUAAGCUGUAAAUUUUGAAAGCAUUUAUAGCAAAAAAACGAAAAUAAUAUCAUAGAUUAUAACGACUACAUAUAUGUAUAUUAAAAAAAGAACAUAUUUUAUGGAUCGAAAUAUAUGAAAUAAAUUCACACAUUUUACACCAUAAAUCUUUAGCAAACUACUCGUUCGUUCACAAAUUCAAAGUAAAAAUCUAAAAAAACACAAAGCAUUAAGUUUUUCUCAACAUUUUUAAAAAUCAUUCGCACUGUAAAACCAAGCAAAGGGCAAAACUUCUUAAAAAAAAAACAUUUUACUUUUUUAUAAAGCAAAGAAAGAAAUUAUAUAUUUUUGCUAUAUUUAAGCCAAUCACCCAUAAAAUAUAAAGAUGUUUGUUCUCUACAGCAUUAGUUAGAAAUAUAAAGAAAAAAUAUAAAAUUCCACAAAAAAAGAACGAAAACCCCAUUAUCCUCUGGCACACGUAACUUUGUCAUUAUACACUCAAAUAAAUUUUAACGAUAUCGAAGGCGAAUUUCGUUUUGUUCUUCUUUUUUUUGUAUUUUUUCGGUUAUUUGUAAUUUGUUUUCUUACAAGUGAAUUAACAUUAUUACUAUUAUUAUCAUACACAGAGAUGGAAAAGAAUUAAAACUAUAAUUUUUGUAUUGUGUUAUUAUUUAAUUUAUUUGAUUCUUUUAAGUCUCUGUAUAAAUAUAAAUAUGAAAAAAGGUUAAAAAUAAAACUUUAAUGUGAUUUAAAUUUAAUGCAAUUUAUGUACUAAAAUAAGUAUUACAAUUUAAUUAUAUUUAUAUAAAAAUAUAUCAAUCUACAUAUAUUAACUAAUUCAUUUAGUAUAAACUAACUAAUGUAAUUAAAAACAAAUAGAUUUAAUUAUAAAAACCUAAUACUAUAUAUACUGGCUUUACUAAUUUAACAAAAUAUUUUAGUUUAGUUGCACUAUGGAUGAAACAUUUAUUUAAUGCAAACAAAAACUUUUUCAAAGGUUCAAUAGCAGAUAAUUUCAUAUUUGUAUUUAUUUUAUUUUAUAUCAAUAGAUCAAAGUUUUGUGAAAAUCGAGUUACAUUUCAUCAAAGGUUCCAUAUAAAAUCCCAUUUGGGAAAUCACUAAAAAUCGUUAAAUCAAAUAAUCUAACAAAUCUAGUAAUCUAGUAAAUAUAUCACUUUAAAAGUUUAUUUAUAUAAAUAUUUCAGUAUCAUACUGUACUUUCUUACUUUUACUAAAUUUAUAAAUAUUUUAAAAUUUUUUAAUAAUAAGGUUCCAUAUUAAAUACAUAUUUUCUUAAAUAAAAAGCAAACAAAAUUAAUAUUU